AUGAGUUCGUGGUGGGGCGUGAAUUCAUCCAUCGAUUCCAUUUCUCAUCAAAAGAGAAAUCAAAUUCUUUCCUCUCCUUCAGUAUCACAGAGCGGAGGUAGUGGAGGUGCCUCUUCAUCCUCCAAUGGCAAUAAUAAUAGCGGAGCGAAAAAGGCUUCUUCCUCAACAUCAUCUCCAUCAUUAGGAAAUUCUAAUUCCGCUGUAAAUAAUCCACCAUCGGGAGUUGUUGGUUAUGCAGUGAGUGCCGAUGAUGAAAUUAGGUUUUCAUCUCUGGAAGAUUUAAGUUCCUAUAUUCAACAAUUUGCUUCAAACAUUCAUAAUUUGGAACGAAAUAUCAAACACUUGUUGAGGAAUUAUGAAUUGAGUGGAUCCAACAAAUCAAGUGCCAUUGAUUCCUUAAAUAAUAGCAAGGACUCGGAACGAUUACGUGCUAAAAUUAAGAAUCUCAAAGAUAAGAUUCAAAAGAGCAAGGAUGUGAUUGUGAAGGGCUUGAACCGAUUUUCAAAAAAGAAGAUUGAUAGUAGUAGUGCCUAUGAUGUCAAUGAUAAUGAAUCACUAACAAGCUCGAGUUUAUCUGGUGGAUAUGACUCUAUGGGAAUUUCCUCUUCUCAGAAAAUUCAAUUCAACAAGUUACAAACUCAAUUCAAGGAACUUUGUAAACAAUACGAAAAGUGUAUUCAGGACUAUAGAGACACUGAAAAGAAUAUGAAACGAUCACAACUAUUUAAUUAUGGCGAAGAUGACUUGGAUGCCAUGUUUUCUCACAAAAAGUCUUCGUCUCGCUCUGGCAUGGCAAAUAACAAUGGCAAAGGUAGACCAAUGAAGAGUGACUCCUCUCCAUCACUCUCCGGUAGAGGCAUGGGUGACGAGGACGAAGCUGACAGCAAUUACCAAGAGGAAGAACAUCUUUCACAGCCUGGUGUUCAGUCAUUGGCUCCUCAAUUUGUUUUGAGCGCUGCAGAUCAAGCCACCUUGGAUGUUGAGAAACAAAUUGCACUCGAAACGAAUCGAGAAUUGAGAGAUUUGGAAACUAGUUACUAUGAAUUGCAUCAAUGUUUUGUCGAUUUGAACGAAAUGAUCAAGGAACAAGAUGAAUCCAUCACUGUGAUUCAUGACAAUGUCGUAAAAGCAAAUGAAUAUGUCGAACAAGGUGUCGAAAAUAUUAAGGUUGCCAAUAAUUUCACUGGAAUUGGAAUGUUGAAGAAUAUUUUCUCUCCAGGUAAUAUUGUCAAGAGUUUAAUCAAGUGA